AUGAGGGAGACGGUUAUAAAUCUCAUCCCAAGGCUUAUAUAUGCAGAUCCUCGCUCCAAAUUGGAGACCCUCAAAGAUGCUUUUGACGUGUCUGUUCAGGCUGUCAUUGACAAAGUUACAAAGUUGAGGAAAGACAUCAUCAAGGGGCGUAAAGAUGAUAAUUUUAUUGAGGAGCUUAGUUGGAAAUAUGCUUUGUUAGAUGAAGGCCAAGAGGUAGGGCCUCAUGAAUGGGAUCCAUUCUUCUCAAAACCUAAAGAUGGCAAUGCAGAUUCAAACAGUUCAUCGACAGAAUCUGCAAAAAACUCCUGGAAGAAUGAGCAAAGACAACAGCCAUGA